AUGUUCCCCAAACUAGGAUUGAUUAGUUUUGCAAUCAAAGAUCCUGAUAUAGAAGGUGAAGCCCUUCUUGAUCUUUUGAAUAGUCUCAAUGAUUCGAAUAAUCAAAUAAAAGAUUGGGAUAGUCAUUUAGUGAGCCCUUGUUUCAGUUGGUCACAUGUAACUUGUAGAAAUGGACAUGUUAUAUCUCUGACUUUGGCAUCGAUUGGACUUUCUGGAACACUUUCUCCCUCAAUUACCAGAUUGGAAUAUUUGGUUGACUUGGAAUUGCAGAACAACAAUCUUUCAGGCCCUUUACCUGAUUACAUUGCCAACUUGACAUUCCUACAAUAUCUAAAUCUUGCUAACAAUAAUUUCAACGGUUCAAUACCAGCUACAUGGGGUCAACUAUCUAAUCUCAACAAUGUGGAUCUUUCGUCUAAUGAUCUUACCGGAACUAUCCCAACACAACUCUUUUCAGUUCCGAUGUUUAACUUUUCGGAUACGCGCCUUGGUUGCGGCGGCUCUAGCUUCGAGCAGUCUUGUGUUUCUAAAUCUGAUCAUCCAGAUUCAACCAACAAAUCAAAAUUGGCAAAAGUCGUGCGUUAUGCAAGUUGUGGUGCUUUUGCACUUCUGAUUCUCGGGGCCAUCUUUACAUAUCGAUAUCAUCAAAAGGACAGACACAAAAAUGAUGUCUUUGUAGAUGUUUUAGGUGAAGAUGAGACCAAAGUUUAUUUUGGCCAAUUAAGAAAGUUUUCUUUGCGCGAACUCCAACUUGCGACUAAAAAUUUCAGCGAAAGCUGUGUCAUUGGCCAAGGUGGGUUUGGAAAAGUGUACAAAGGAAUUCUCUCGGAUAACACAAAAAUCGCGGUGAAACGCCUCACUGAUUAUCAUAAUGCUGGUGGAGAGGCUGCGUUCGAGAGAGAAGUUGAUCUCAUUAGUGUUGCAGUUCAUAGAAACCUCCUAAGACUAAUUGGAUUCUUUUCAAACUCAACUGAAAGAAUCCUUGUUUAUCCUUUCAUGGAAAAUUUAAGUGUAGCGUAUCAAUUAAGAGAUUUGAAAUCUGAUGAGAAAGGCUUAGAUUGGCCAAAAAGAAAGCGAGUGGCAUUCGGUACUGCACAUGGUUUGGAAUAUCUACACGAGCAGUGCAAUCCAAAGAUAAUUCACCGUGACCUAAAGGCUGCAAAUAUCCUUCUAGAUGACGAGUUUGAACCUGUUCUUGGUGAUUUUGGACUAGCCAAACUAGUUGAUGCACGGAUGACUCAUGUUACCACUCAAGUGCGCGGUACAAUGGGUCAUAUUGCCCCGGAAUAUUUGUCAACUGGAAAAUCAUCAGAGAAGACGGAUGUUUUUGGAUACGGCAUAACACUUCUCGAACUUAUCACAGGUCAGCGUGCUAUUGACCUCUCUCGGCUCGAAGAAGAGGAGGACGUUCUUCUCAUUGAUCAUGUAAAAAAUCUAUUAAGAGAAAAUAGGCUGGAGGACAUAGUGGAUAACAAUUUGGACACAUAUCAUCCAAAAGAAGUCGAAACCAUUCUUCAAGUCGCAUUACUUUGCACACAAUGCUAUCCAGAGGAUCGUCCGACGAUGUCCGAGGUCGUAAAAAUGUUGCAGGGAGUCGGAUUAGCAGAUAGAUGGGCGGACUGGAAGCAACUUGAAGAGGCUAGAAAUCAAGAAAUAGAAUUGUCACUCAUGACUCAUCAAUUUCCUUGGAGUGAUGAAUCAACUCUUGAUCAAGAAGCUAUACAACUUUCAAGAGCAAGAUAG